GGAAGAAGUUCAAGUUGAUUUUUGAGAGUGAAAGCAGGCAUCGCAAUUUAUAACAUUUCAUUUAUUGCUGUUUACACAACCAGGCGCUGAAAAAAUAUGCCUUCCACCCCUCAGUUGUCUCCCCAGGAGGAGCAAGAGAAAUUGCUGGAGGAGGGAAUCAGUAUAGUCAAGAACCAGUCAUUCCAGAUGAAGAGAUGUCUGGACAAGGGAAAGUUAAUGGAUGGACUAAAACAUGCAUCUACAAUGCUAGGAGAACUGAGAACUUCACUCUUAUCUCCUAAGAGCUAUUAUGAACUAUAUAUGGCUAUUUCUGAUGAACUGAGACACUUAGAGCUGUAUCUUUGUGAUGAAUUCCAAAAAGGAAGAAAAGUCGCAGACCUUUAUGAACUUGUGCAGUAUGCAGGAAACAUUGUUCCUAGACUUUACCUGUUGAUCACAGUUGGAGUGGUAUACAUUAAAUCCAAUGAACUCUCCCGUAAAGACAUCCUAAAAGAUCUGGUGGAAAUGUGUCGAGGUGUGCAGCACCCCUUGAGGGGCCUCUUUUUGAGGAAUUACCUCCUGACCUGUACCAAAAAUGUGCUGCCUGACACAGAGGAAGAACAAGCCACAAAUGACUAUGAGUAUGGAACUGUGAAUGAUUCUAUUGACUUUAUCCUGCUGAACUUCUCAGAGAUGAACAAGCUCUGGGUUCGCAUGCAGCAUCAGGGUCACACGCGAGAUCGUACCAAGCGUGAACAGGAGAGAAGGGAACUCCGAAUUUUGGUCGGGACUAAUCUUGUCAGACUUAGUCAGCUGGAGUGUAUUGAUAUUGACAAGUACAAAAAGACUGUUCUGCCUGCAGUGUUAGAACAAGUGGUGUCCUGUAGAGAUCCUAUUGCACAGGAAUAUCUAAUGGAGUGUAUUAUCCAGGUGUUUCCUGAUGACUUUCAUCUACAAACUCUGAACCCUUUCCUCAAAGCUUGUGCUGAACUUCAUGAGAGUGUCAAUGUCAAGAACAUCAUUAUAGCUUUAGUGGACAGACUUGCCCAAUUUGCACAGAACGAGGAGGGAUCGGGAAUUCCCCCAGAGAUCCAGUUAUUUGACAUAUUCUCACAACAGAUAGCUCAAGUCAUUCAGAAUCGCCCUGACAUGCCUCCAGAGGACAUUGUUUCCCUACAGGUGGCGCUGAUCAAUCUAGCGCUGAAGUGUUACCCAGACAAAGUGGAAUAUGUUGACAAAGUGCUAGAAACCACAGAGGAUAUCUUCAACAGACUUAAUCUGGAUCAUUUGGAGUACGGCAGUCCUGUGUCUAAGGAGCUGAUGCGGUUAAUGAAGAUCCCAGUGGACUCUUACAAUAACAUCCUAACGGUAUUAGAGCUGCAGCAUUUCGGUCCUAUAUUUGAUUACUUUGACUACCAGAGUAGGAAAAUCAUGUGCUCCUACCUCAUCAACAAUGUGCUGGAAAAUGAAACCUGUAUACCCACACAAGAUCAGGUGGACAACAUUCUGAACAUUGUGAAUGUCCUUGUACAAGACCAGAGUGACCAACCAACAGAACCAGAUGACCCAGAAGACUUUGCUGAGGAGCAAGGGCUCAUGGGAAGGUUUAUACACUUACUCCAAGCAGAAGAUCCAAAUCAGCAAUACCUGAUACUCAACACAGCUAGGAAGCAUUUUGGGGCUGGUGGAGACAAAAGAAUCAAGUAUACCCUCACUCCCAUUGUUUUUGCUGCAUACAGAUUAGCCAUGAGAUAUAAUGAAGCUAAAGAAGAGGAUGAAAACUGGGAGAAGAAGUGUCAGAAGAUCUUCCAGUUUUGUCACCAGACAAUAGGAGCCCUGAUAAAGGCAGACAUGGCGGAGAUGCCACUCCGACUGUUUCUACAGGGAGCAUCGACAGCAGGGGAAAUAGAGUUUGAAAAUCAUGAAACAGUGGCUUAUGAAUUUAUGUCACAGGCAUUUUCUUUGUACGAGGAUGAAAUCAGUGACAGCAAAGCACAACUGGCAGCCAUUACACUGAUCAUCGGAACCCUUGAACAAAUGAGCUGUUUUGGGGAUGAGAAUCAUGAGCCUCUCAGAACCCAGUGUGCUCUGGCUGCAUCCAAACUCCUCAAGAAGCCAGAUCAGUGUCGUGGGGUCUGCACAUGUUCACAUCUUUUCUGGUCUGGAAAAUCCACAUCACAGGAAGGGGAGCUCCAAGAUGGAAAGAGAGUGUCUGACUGUCUUAAGAAAGGAGUGAAGAUAGCCAAUCAGUGCAUGGACAGUUCUGUUCAAGUCCAGUUAUUUGUGGAACUUCUGAAUCACUAUAUAUACUACUAUGAAAAAGGCAACGAUCAGGUAACAAUUCAAGUUCUGAACCAGUUGAUAGCAAAAAUAAAAGAAUCGUUGCCCAAUUUAGAGGCAAAUGAAGAAACUGAGCAGAUAAACAAGCAUUUCCAGAAUACUGUAGAACAUUUAAAACUUCGACGGGACGGUACCGACACAGAGGGACCAUCGUAUGAGGAACUAGUGCUGUAGUUUGACCAUUGUACAAUUUUUGUUUUUGUCCGUGUUAGGUUAAAUUUGAUGUUGAGUAGUGGUGGAAGGCAUAAAGAAUUACUUGGCAAACAUUGCAAAACUAUGGAAGUUUUCUUGAGAUACUUGUAUUUGUGCAUUCCCUGUCUUAUGGUAUUUACAUGUAUAUUGGAUUUCAAAAUCUCGCUGCAUAUUUCCUGUCAAAUACACAUCUACCAUCUUACAUGGCAUAUUUGAAACAGUAGUAAGUUAGUACACUGUAUCUUGUGAAGUGUUCAGAACAACCAGUGAUUAAUAUUUUCAUAGGCUGUAAUGUAAAUUUUGCUUUAUGUGGUGUACUUAGAUGCUUUUUCACCAUUUUUGAAACUUACACAUUUCAGUUCUUGCUUGAUUUUAAAUCAUGGUAGAACUGAAUUGAAACUUAUACAAAGGGUUUCUGCAUAAUGGUCUUGUAUCUUCUUGUAACUGUUUCUUUGCAUGUUAUAAUCAUUUUAUAAUAUAUGACUUUAAUAAUUUAAUGUACCAAGUAUAACACUUGUUGUCCAACACUAAAUUAAGAGAAUUCAAUAAAAUUGAGUACCA